CUGCAACUUGAUGAGCUUCUGAUUGAGCUUGUUAACAGCUCGAUCACACAGUUUAACUGACUCGCAAUCAAUCAAGGCAAUUGUCUUUGUACAAUGGCUAUUGUAGAAUCGCCAGGAUGAAACCGACGACGACAAAUCUCAUCGCGACCGGAUCAAUAGCCUUCCGGGGCAUCCCAUCAACGCUUCGACCUUUCCAUGUCUCGAGAUACUAUGCGACACAACAAGGCUUAGGAGCAUCGCCUCAAAGCUCCAAAUCGAAGCGAAGAGCAGUGACGCCGUUCAACGAUAAUGGAUAUGUACCUUGGACAGAGCUUUCGGUGGGAGAGAAGGCAGCGAGAGCGACGCAGCAGAGCUUCAACUUUGGCAUGAUCCUCGUCGGUCUCGUGCUCACUGGCGGUGUAGGGUAUUUCCUCUGGACGGACGUCUUCUCCCCCGAUAGCAAGAUCUCCAACUUCAACCGCGCAGUCGACAAGAUCAAACGUGAUCCUCGUAUAAUUGAACUCAUGGGCGACUCCAAGAAGAUUACUGCACAUGGAGACGAGACAUUCAACAAGUGGAGGAGGGCACGUCCUGUUGCAUCUACGGAAACGACAGAUGCUCGCGGAGAUCAGCAUAUAAUGAUGCAUUUCUAUGUUGAUGGGCCCAAGAACAACGGUAUUGCACGGCUUCAUAUGGUCAGAUACCGCGGCCAUAGUGACUUUGAGUACAAAUAUCUCUUUGUCGACAUCAAAGGUCAUGACAGAAUCUACCUUGAGCAAGAGGAUGCAGCAUCCUCCAAGGGUGGCAAGAAACUCAGCUUCUUUGGAGUGAAGUGGUAAUUGUUAUAUCCUGAAUGUUCAACGACUUACGAAGUCUGAAAUCUUACCAUGCAGCCAUUCCGGACUGGGUUGGUGUGCAAAGGAACUCUGAGUUCUUGUAUCAUAUGCUGGAAGCCGGCUUGACUAGGCGGCCUUUGUAUUUAUAGUCGGUUCCAAGCUUUGUGUGCUGUUAUCUACGUUCAUCGCAGAGCAGUUGACGGGCAAACCUGUGUAUCUUUAUCCGAGUUUUAUGAUUACAGCUCUUUGUAGACAUUCAACAAUGACAAACAAUGGAAAGAAGGAUAAGUUA